AUGGGCCUUCCGGGAUCUCCCUUCAUCAUCGUCCUGCUCUGUGCGGCGCUGUUCACUGCCGCCGCGUCUGCAUCUUUCCUCGGACCAUUCUUCCCGCGCGGCGACGGCAGCAGCGUUCCUCUUGCCUCUCAGGCAGUCAAGCCCCAGAUAUGGAAAGGAAAUGUAUUUGAAAAGUAUGUGGCCAAGUUGCGUCCAACUAAGAUCAAUGGGAAAGUAGUGGGUGACAAAGGCGCAUCGGGGAUAUUUGUCCUUAAGGGUGUCAGCUACGGCGGUCCAGUGAAUGCCUUCUACGAGGUUUAUGCACUUUAUCGAAACCUCAAGUCUGGCGGCGGGAAUCAUCAGAUAGUGGGGCAUGAGAAGAACCUGAUGGCACUCUGUGGGAAAUUAAAGAAAACGGUUUAA